GUUGUCGACUGACGUAGGCCACCAGCAAGUAGAUUCUUCUCUUCGGUAAAGGUGCCGGGCGCUUUGGCUUUGUUUCUGAGUUUCUGUUGAAAAUCUUCUUAGAUUUUCCCCCCCGUUUAUUUUUUAUUUUUAUUUUUUUUUCUUAUUUGGAGUCAACAAAAUCGUGAAAAACUGAAGUUGUCUCGGUAAAGCUCGUUUUCCCCACCCCACCCUUUGAAUAUUAUUCUUUUGAAGAUUCUUCGUUGUCAAGCCGCCAAAGUGGAGAGUGUGAUUGCAGAAGGGGGUGCUUCUCGUUUCAGUGCUUCUUCGGGGGGAGGAGGAGGUAGGGGUGCACCUCAGCACUAUCCCAAGACUGUCGGCAACAGCGAGUACCUGGGGAAAACCCCAGGGCCUAGCGUUCAGAGAUGGGUUCCUUCACGAAGCACUAGACGAGAUGUCAACUCCACCAAUGAAAAAGAACGACACGAUGCAAUCUUUAGGAAAGUAAGAGGCAUAUUAAAUAAGCUCACCCCUGAAAAGUUUGACAAGCUAUGCCUUGAGCUCCUGAAUGUGGGCGUAGAUUCUAAACUCGUCCUAAAAGGAAUCAUCUUGCUGAUUGUAGACAAAGCCCUCGAAGAGCCCAAGUAUAGCUCGCUAUAUGCUCAGCUAUGUCUGCGCUUGGCAGAAGAUGCACCAAACUUUGAUGGCCCAUCACCAGAGGUUCAACCAACACAAAAGCAAAGCACGACAUUCAGGAGACUUUUAAUUUCUAAGCUUCAAGAUGAAUUUGAAAACCGCACCAGAAAUGUUGAGGUCUAUGACAAACAUGACAACCCUCUUACCGCUGAUGAAGAGGAGCAGCGUGCCAUUGCCAAGAUCAAGAUGCUGGGCAACAUCAAAUUCAUUGGAGAACUUGGCAAACUUGACCUUAUCCAUGAAUCUAUCCUUCAUAAGUGCAUCAAAACACUUUUGGAAAAGAAGAAGAGAGUACAACUUAAGGAUAUGGGAGAGGAUUUGGAGUGCCUCUGUCAGAUAAUGAGGACAGUGGGACCUAGAUUAGAUCAUGAAAAAGCCAAGUCUUUAAUGGAUCAGUACUUUGCCCGUAUGCGAUCCUUAAUGACACACAAGGAAUUGCCAGCAAGGAUUCGUUUCCUGCUGCAGGAUACUGUGGAGUUGCGAGAAAACAAUUGGGUUCCUCGCAAAGCUUUUAUCGAUAAUGGACCAAAGACGAUUAACCAGAUUCGUCAGGAGGCAGUAAAGGAUUUGGGUGUUUUUAUUCCUGCACACAUGUCUCAAGGAAUGAGGAGUGAUUUCUUUCUGGAAGGACCUUUUAUGCCACCCAGGAUGAAAAUUGAGAGAGAGGGUCUUGGUGGAUUAUCUGAUAUGUUUGGGCAAAUGCCAGGAAGUGGGAUUGGCACCGGUCCUGGAGUUAUUCAGGAUAGAUUUUCACCUACAAUGGGGCGUCAUCGUUCAAACCCACUCUUCAAUGGCCAUGGUGGACACAUUGCACCUGUUCCUCAGUCCCAGUUUGAAAUGGGAGGCAAGCCUUUUAUGAAGUCAAACCAGGGGCAGAAUCAGCAUUUUCAUAACCAAAACCAGGGACAUUCAUCCCAGCAGCAAGCUCAGUCCAAGGACAUGCCACCACGGUUCAUUAAGAAAGGACAGCUCAAUGCAGAUGAGAUCAGCCUGAGACCUGCUCAGUCAUUCCUUAUGAAUAAAAAUCAAGUGCCAAAGUUGCAGCCUCAGAUACCAACUAUGAUUCCUCCGAGUGCACAGCCUCCUCGCACACAGACCCCACCACUGGGACAGCCACCUCAGCUUGGUCUCAAAACCAACCCUCCUCCAAUCCAGGAAAAACCUGCAAAAAAUAGCAAGAGACCUCCUCCUGCUAGAGAAGAGCUGCUUAAAAUGACUGAGACCAUUGUUACAGAGUAUUUGAACAGUAAGAAUAUAAACGAUGCUGUUAAUGGUGUUAGGGAGAUGAAAGCUCCAAAACACUUUCUGCCUGAGAUGUUGAGCAAGAUCAUUAUUUGUUCACUUGAUCGCUCAGAUGAUGAUAAAGAACAUGCCAGCACUCUGAUCAAUUCACUCAGAUCGGAAGGGCUGAUCACUGGAGAGAACUUCAUGCAGGCGUUCCUUAAUGUUUUGGACCAGUGUCCCAAAAUAGAGGUGGACAUCCCUCUUGUGAAGUCCUACUUGGCCCAGUUUGCAGCCCGUGCAAUUAUUGCAGAGCUUGUGAACAUAGCAGAGCUGGCACAGCCUCUGGAAAAUGGCACACAUUUUCCCCUUUUCCUGCUCUGUCUUCAGCAAACAGCCAAGUUGAAGGAUCGGGAAUGGCUCACUGAACUUUUCCAACAAAGUAAAGUCAACAUGCAGAAAAUGCUGCCUGAAAUUGAUCAGAAUAAAGAUCGGAUGUUGGAAAUCCUUGAAGGAAAAGGGCUUAGUUUUCUGUUCCCACUUUUGAAACUGGAGAAGGAGCUGUUGAAGCAAAUAAAAGCAGAUCCCUCCCCUCAGGCCAUCUACAAGUGGAUCAAAGACAAUAUUUCACCCAAACUCCAUACUGAUAAGGGGUUUGUCAAUAUCUUGAUGACCAGCUUCUUACAGUACAUUUCCCAUGAGAUGAGUAUAGCUGAAGGAGAUGACCAAUUAUCUGCUCCGUCAAAAGAGCAGUUAGACCAGGAGAAGCAGCUGCUGUUAUCCUUCAAGCCAGUAAUGCAGAAAUUUCUGCAUGAUCAUGUUGAUCUCCAAGUCAGUGCCCUGUACGCGCUGCAAGUCCAUUGUAACAACAACGGUUUUCCAAAAGGCAUGUUGCUGCGCUAUUUUGUCAACUUUUAUGAUAUGGAGAUAAUUGAAGAAGAAGCCUUCCUUGCUUGGAAAGAAGACAUUACCCAAGAGUUCCCUGGAAAGGGAAAAGCAUUAUUCCAGGUGAACCAGUGGCUAACCUGGCUGGAGACUGCAGAGGAAGAGGAGUCUGAUGAGGAAGCUGACUGAAGAACCAGCCAAAGCCUUACAUGUACUAUUGCUAUGAGAUGACAGCUUUUUCCCCCCUCCCCUCCCCUCUGCCCAAGUGCUUCCCUUGUCCUGCCCCCUCACCUAACCACUGCAAAAGUUCAUUCCGCUAUAAAGGUUUUGCAGUAUUUAAAGCAAAAGCAUGUUUUUUUUUUUGUUAGACUAAGGUCUUAAGCAUAGCAUACCAUCUAACAAUUUUAGAAAGCCUUUGUUUAGGAAGUUUAUAAUGUAUUAGCAUGGAAUUACAUCUUAUGUUGUGCAUAGUGGCAGUAGAUGGCGAAGAUGUGUUUUGCUGCCAUGUAUUCUACAUAGGCUUUCAGUUAAGUAAAUAGCAACACUGUAGAAAUGCACUUUGCUCAGUGUAAAACUUGAGUCGUUGCAAUAUUUUAUCCCUUGAUUGUUACAAAGAAUCCUAAACUGUAAUCAUUGGUUUGCUGCCAUAACAUUAAUAGUUAUUGCCUGUGUUUCUACCUCCUAGUAAUGGGCUUUGUUAUGUGCUGGGUUUGAGUAUUCUCCAGUCCUAUUUAAAAUGACGACAAAAAAAGAGAAAAGCCUGGGCAGGUGCACAAGUCUUUAAUGAAAACCUGGUUUACUUGCACAAUAUGACCUGAUUGUGAGAUUUUAGCCCUUUAAGUGCUUGGUGUGGUUGUAUGUAAACCUGUAAUAGCAAGAACUUCUAAUGAAAAGCCUUCUUUAAUUUGUUCACAUGCCCUGAUUUUUGUAAUAUUACCUGUAUCUGUCAAACAUUGUGAUACUUGAAUUUCUUCUCUUCCUGCUGCAUGUUCAGGGACUCUUGAAACAUGAAAUUCUGCCCAUGCUGAUGGGACAUCUUUUGAUCAAGAAAGUGUGUCAACAUGGAACUUUUAACCUGUCUUUUUAACUUUAAAUCGGUGAAUAAAAAGUUAACUGAGACCAAA